UGGAGGUAAACCUUCUGGAGAUGCAUGUGCACAGUUCUAGGACCACAGUCUGCCUGCUACCUGACCUUCCCUGCUGAUUCUGAUUUUUAUUUUCUGUAUCGAGCGCUUGGUAAAUAAGGCGAUGUCGUGGUUAUUUAUUGAGUUUCUCGGCCUCCCCUCGCCCUCAGCUGGCCGCGGCCCUCGCGAGACCUUGCAACCCUGGGUUUGAACGGCCACUUGGCGGAAUAACCUUUAUUGUUGGCUGCCGUGUGGGGCGGGGAUCCGCGAGCGUCGCUGCCACAGGAUAAAGCAGCCUAAAGCUGCUGAUACUUUGAAGAAUGUCACUUGUUGGGGAUGUUUUGGCUUCUAUUAGAAGGGGCGGGAGGGAGAAGGUGGGCAAGAUAGGGCUGGAGGGGCAGAUGGAGGAGCUUGUGAGGCAGGCAGAGGAGGCACGGGUGGGUGUCCUGCAGGCGCUGGGCUCACGCUAUGUGGAGCUUACCUCUGCCAUAUCCGACACGGCCCUCCUCCAGCAGCGGGUCAGCUCCACCCUCCAGAACGUCACUGACCUCCACACCUCCAUUGACCAGGAUAUUAUCAGUGGUGUGAAGGGCAGCGUGGGGGAGGUGGGCACUGUGGUGAGGCGGUGGAAGGAGGUACUGGGGAGUCUGGAUGCUGCCAACAUGCUCCUCUGCAUCCACACCAACCUGGAGGAUGCUGAGAAGGCAGAGUCCAACCACAGAUUCCUGGAGGCUGCUGAACACUAUGCUAAGGUUGAGACUCUCCUACUUGAGGCAUCAGAGAAGGAGAUUGAAGGUGAGCUGGAUAUUGUGAAGGCACUCAAGGAAGAACUUGUGAUGGGGAGAACACAACUCAUUUACUCCAUCACUGAGGUUUGGCAGGAAACUCUCACAUGGGAGGAGGAACGACAAAGUAAUGGAGGCUAUUCAGUGUCCCUCUUGGUGCAGCCCAUGACGAGCAACUUGAGUGGGAAGGAUAUACAGCAGAUGUUGGGUGGACUCUUUGUGCUGGGGGAGCUACACCGCCAAGUCACCACCUUCGGGAGGAACCUCAUGAAGAACUUCUUUGAGCCAAUUGUCCAGCAAGGGGCGGAGGUGAAGGCAAUGGAGCGCAGCGACGGGAUGGUGGUGACGGUGACCUGUGGUGGGAAGGACAGUCCCGGCAAGUUUCCUGCCAACCUGGUGUUCUCGCAGCUCAAGAAUUUAUUUAUGGUCCUGGACGAGAGUCUUCUGUCUGUGGUCAUCUGCAGUAAAGGUGACCACACAACGACACUCAUGCACAUGUUGGGGAAUCAGAUUGGUGAAGAGCUCAAGCACCUCCUUAUCAAGGACUGCAUUGCUGAUGCUGUUCCUUACAGCAGAGCAGAGUUGAGUAAGUUUGAUGAGGUGAAAGCUGCUGCUGAGGAGUUCCAAAACUUUCUUGUUGAAAAAGGUUUUUUUAAGGCUGAAGACAAGUCCCUCAUGGAGUAUGCUGCCAAUGUGGAUGUGGUGUUCAGUAACAAGGCUUGUGCACACAUCCUGGAGCGUGCACGGUCCCUCAUGAAGCAGCCGCUGCACGUCACUGUCUCCAUUACACCCCUCGAGCCCAGUGGACCACUCAUCGUUCAGUCUUUCAGCAAAGGAAGACUACAGAAGGAUGAGACAGGCAGGAAGCUGGCAGAAAGCACCAUGCGGCUAGAGAAGCUCCUGGCUGCCAAAUCCCUCAACAUGCCCAAGUGCCAGAUCAGCUCAUCUGUGUGUGAGCUGGUGGAGCUGAUCUACACUACCUUGGAGGAGGCGUGUUCCAGCUCCCCAGAGUAUGCCGGCAGACUGCUCUACACUGUCCACAACAUCCUGACCCUGUACUCCCGCGUAGUGCCCAUCGCCCAUGCCCAUGAGCUGGCCACCCUUCCCCAGCAGGCAGCCAUCGUGCACAACAACAGCAUGUACCUGGCGCACCAUGCGACUUUCCUUGGCCACCAGUACCGGCCCCGACUACCCCAGGCCUUGCGCUCCACCACCGUCACCACUCUUGACCAGGCCCAUGAGCUGCGGAAAAUGGCCGCCUCCAUCUUCCUCAAGGCCAUGCAGGGUCACCGAGCAGCUCUUAUUGACACACUGCGGGAGUCUGUCUGUCUGGACAGCCUCGGGUGUGACGUCAGCCGAGCGGGGAAAGCGCAGCAGGGCAUGAGGCAGGUCAUCCACAAGCUGCAGCUCCUCCACCGGGUGUGGCAGAACGUAUUGCCGCACGGCGUUUACAUCAAGGCCAUCAGUCGACUGGUGGGUUCAGUGGUGGAGGAAGUGGUGUCGCGAGUAGUGACUCUGGAGGACAUCUCGGCAGACGCAGCGCUUGCCCUCAUCACACUCCUCACCCUUCUCAAGGACUUUGUUCCCUCGCUCUUCAGGGUUGAGGGAGAGGAAGACCCAGGCCCUGGGGAGGUGCUGCGCUGUGUCAGGCUGUGGGGGAAGUUCUCUGAGCUCAUAGUUGUCCUUGGUGCAAGUCUACAAGACAUUGAAAACCGGUGGGCGCAGGGCAAAGGUCCUCUGGCUCAUGAGUUUACCCCGGACGAGGCCAAGCAGCUGGUGCGCGCCCUCUUCCAGAACACCGACCGUCGCGCCAAAGUUCUGGCCCGCAUCAAGUAGACUCUCGGCACCUGCUGAGUCUUGAGUACUCCUCCUUACCUGUCUAUCCUGUAAUAUGAUCUGCUUCUUUUUUAUAUAGUUUUGAAAAUACAGUUGCAUUUCAAGUAA